UGUUCACAACCUUGCGCAUGCGUAUUUGAAAGAGGCGCGAAAGCGGAAAUGUAUAUAAAUUUGUAAACAAAUAGUGUGCUGUCAUGCGGAGGUCCUCAUCUCUGGGACGGUCGUCCACGUCCCACUACAGCAGUGCUAGCAAGCGGACCUCCUCAGCCUCCAGGUCAUCAGUAGGGGGUACGGGUCGCCCCUCUGUGGGAGGGACCAUGCCACUGAGGGUGAGGAAUGAGGAGAACUCAAAGAUCACAACCUCCUCUAAGAAAACUAAGCUGACUGGGUACAGAUAUAGUGCAGGUUCUGCUGGAAGUCAUGGUGACCGCCCAACUAAGACCCCUAACAAAGGGAUGCGUAGAAGUAGUCACAUGGGAGUCCCAAUGGUGAAUGGAAUACCAAAAGAUCCUAGAAAAAUUUCUGACAGAAACUUUCAAGCCAAAUGUGUUGCAAGGCUAGUAGAGUUUUUAUCAGAAAAAGGAUACCCUCACAAAUUAUCCCCAGAGAUUCUCAAAGCUCCUCCAAGAAAAGAUUUCUUUCAGAUAUUUGAGUUCCUCUACAGUAUGUUAACUCCAAGAUACAGGAUAGGGAAAAAACCAGAGGAAGAAAUUCCCAAAAUCUUCAAGGAACUGGGCUAUCCUUUUAUGAUCUCCAAGACGGCCAUGUUUGCUCUGGGUUCACCUCACACCUGGCCCACAAUUCUCGCAGCCCUCGUGUGGAUGGUGGACUUAAUUAAGUUUGGUAUGCAGGUUGGAAUGUCCAUUGACCAUUACCUCUUUCCACCAAAUGAAGAUGAGUUUGAUUCCCUACCAGAAUCACAGAUUUUGUUUGAUUAUGUUGAGAAAACAUAUGCUGCUUAUAUGGAGGGAUACGAUACCUUUGAAGAUUAUGAUGAACAUCUUUCUAAUCAUCUAAAUCAAAAACUUUAUGGCAUAAGUGGUGGCCUAGAAAACUUAGAUGACGAGAAUAGGAGAUUGGAAAAAGAGUUAGAAAGUCUGGAACAGGAAAUCCUAGAGUCUCAGGAAAAACUCAAGAGAAUGCGAGAAGAGGAGGUCAAUUCUAAAGAAAAUGAUGAGAAGAUGGUCAAAUACCUGAAUGAACUGGACGAUUACGUAGAGAGCCAGGAAAAGAACAUACAGAGUUUGGAUGAAGAGUUGGAAACUCUUGUUGCAGAUUUAAACAGUAUCAAGGCCAAAAACCAAGAGAAGCAGUUGAUCUUUGAGUCCCAGGAAUUCAGCCCCGAAGACAUUGAACGAAUUAAGAUCAACAGGAAGGACAUGUUACGUCAGAUUGACGACGCAGAGGCCCGAGUGGCCAACAUUGACCAGGAGAUCUGGUCUGAGGAGAUGAAGGCAUCCAAAAUGCUAGAAAUGGUGGAAUCUUCUUGCAAUGAGUACAAUGAUUUGGCCCAGCGGUUAAAGCUUCUGCCAUCUACAGCACAAUAUGCUGGUGGUGUGGACUAUGAGUUAUCUCCCUCUUACAGUGCUAGGGAUAAAUUUACUGAAGUUGUCAAGCCUGCUCUGCAUUCCUUGAAAGAACAGUGGGCUGAAAUGAUGCAUGAGAAAUCAAAGGAGCUGAUGGGGGAAAAGGAUGUGUUUGAUCAGUGUGUUGCUGAUUGCUUGGAUUUAGAAAAUGAACAGAAAUUAAAAGAGAGUCAAUUAAAGCGAUUAGAAGAGGACAUUGAGUUUAAAAAGCAGGUACACCAAAAAGAGUUUCAAAAACUACAAGAAGAAAAGGAGAGUCUGGAAAAGGAAAUAUCUUCUAUGAAAUUCUCUUCCAAUAAAACACUAGCUGAUGGACAGAAAGAACUGAGAGACACACAGAAAAUUGUGGAGAGUAAAAUAAGAUCAAUGGAAUAUGAUGGACAGUUGUAUGAAACGUUCCUGAAAAACGCCUUGUCCAAGAUGAUUGACCACAAAGAGAGAAUUGAGGGAGUGUUAGAUAACAUGACAGAGCGACUGGAACAGAAAUUGAAAGAGACAGAGAAAUCACAAAGUCAAGAGAGUAACCAGGAAGUGAAGAAAAAAAUGAAGAAAGACUACGAAUAAAUAGUCAGAAGAAAUUAAAAAAUGAAACAAAGGUUGUUGCCCAAAAUACAGAUUAUUAAAAAGACGGGAAAGGACAAUCCCUUAGUUCUUCAGUGUUUAUUGACUUUUAUUACUCAAAAAUUGUUUUUGUGUUGUCUAUGUGUAAGAAUAGUAUUAUUAAAGGAUUUACUAUGUACAUGUAUGUCUGCAAGUCUAACUGUUCAUCUGUUUGUCCUUGCUUUUCACACUUGAUAGCUUUUGACCUGUGAGUCAGUGAGAGAUUUAGGAACCUGACUUGAAUCAAGUCCAUACAGUAAAUCUGUACAUCAGUUUAUUUUAUUGUAAUUGCAGUUGAUUUGGAUUUUUUUAAAUUAAAUGUUUGACAGGUGCCCUUUUGAAACCCCUAGCACUGUGACUUUUAGCUUGACUUUUUAUGAAUAUUUCAAGUAUACAUGUAUUUCAUACUGUUUACAUGUCAUAGUUAUAUCUGCUUAAUUUUAACUUUUAUGAGUAUAUCUUAUCACUGGUCUUUAUCAUGAGAAUUAUGUACAGCAUACUGAUUUGUGGACUGAACCUACUUUUUCUUUUAAAGUUUUGCCAAUAUUUUUAAACUAAAUAGUGCUUUGUUAUGUUGAAUGUAUAUAUUUUUCUAUGAAGUAAAAAACUCUAUUUAAGGCACUAGAGCUACUGUCAGACCAAAUAACACUGUAUUCCGGACCUUAAGUACACAUGUACUUGUACCAUAUUUUCUAUGCCUUGAAUCUUUUGUAUUUUCAGAUAUCAGAAUCCUUAACAGCAUUUUGUAUACAACAUUGUAAUCAAUAUCAAAAUAUGAAGUGACUUCCACAACUUUACAGUCUUGUUGGUGUUCAUUGACAAAUACAUAAAAGUUUCGUCAUAACAGUAUAUUCUUGUGUCCUUCACUACUUAUAAAUAUACAUUUGGACUUACAUGUACUUUGUGUUUGGUUGGCAGCAAAUAUACGGGUUCCUCUGUUUUUGAUUUUAUUUAUGGCUUAAACGAAAGCAUAAAAAGAUUGUUAGUUUGUUCUGUGCUUUAAAUAAUCAUUGUAUUAAAAACACAUUUAAAGAUUGUAAUUUGAAGCUGCUUUGCUAGAUGUACAAAAUGCUGUGAUUACAAAUUAUUUCCAGCAGAAUGAACUUGCUAAGUAACAGAAAUGCUGUACUUGAAGGAAAGCUCUCUAUAAUGUAGGGGAAUUAAGUUAGUGAGUUAAGGCUAAGUAUUGGUGUUUCUAUGCAAAUGAGCAAAUAAAAUGCAUAAGUUGUAUAUUUUAUAUACAGAAAAAAUUCAAA